ACAGACGGCUGCACACAAACGUGGCUCAAACUCAAAGCUUUUACAUGAGAAUUUCAUGAAGAGAUACACUCAUUCUAUUAUUCAAUAUUUGGCCACGAUCAACAUUUACAUUCUGUGGUGUUGAUAUUUUAUAUGGCAGCGUAACAACACUGCACUUAACUACAGGACUGAAUGAAGAGAGAAAAAAUAACAUUGAUGAACUACAAAGCAGCGCGCAUGAACAGCAUGUCCACCGCAAAAUUACAACACGCGAAAUCCUGGAUGACGCUGUUGUUACUGCUGACUGUACUACAACUCGAGCUGGUUUGCACAGAUGAAGAUGCAAUGGAAGUCCCUGGGGACAUCAUCCUUGGAGGUCUAUUUCCAAUCCAUCAGAAAAGCUUAAAAAGAGAAAACGAAUGUGGUCUUUUCAUCCCGAUGCCUGGGUAUCACUAUAUGGAAGCGAUGUUGUACGCCAUUGAUAGAGUAAACGCCGAUCCGAAUAUACUACCAAAUAUAACACUAGGAGCUAAAAUAUACGACACGUGCAUGAGCAAAACUAUUGCAGCGUACCAUGCCAAGAGAUUCAUAAGUAUGUCCUUGUCUGAAUCCCCCGAGCAUCAACUAGCCGGUGUUAUUGGUGGCCUUCACAGCGAUGUUUCCGAAACGGUUGCAAAUUUUCUACGCGUUUUCGAGAUCCCACAGAUCAGCUACUCGUCGACAAGUGUCGUACUCAGUAACAAGGAUGUUUACAGUUACUUCCUGAGAACAGUGCCGCCAGAUUCAUUCCAAGCACAAGCAAUAGUUGAUAUCAUACUGAAAUUCGGUUGGAGUUACAUAUCAACAGUAAAUUCGGAAGGGAUUUACGGUGCAAAAGGCAUAGAAGUGUUCUGGAAAUUGGCUAAAGAGAAUGGCAUAUGUAUUGACGUAAAAGCUGAAUUACCGUCCUUUCCAACGCCAGGAGAAUACGACUCGGUCAUUAAAAGAUUAUAUAAUGGCAAAGAAAAAAGUCGUGUGGUGGUAGUAUUUGGUACUUGGUCUUAUAUUCGUCAACUGUUGGAAGCAGCCAAAAGACGGAAGCGUUUCGAUAAUUACCGUCAUUUCACGUGGAUCGGGAGCGACGGAUGGAGUAAUCGUGACCAUGCGACAGAGACGGUUGAAGAGGUAGCAUUAGGAGCACUCACUAUCAUGAUGAGAUCGGGAGUAAUUUCACAAGGAUUUAAAGACUAUUUCGCCAAACUUACUUUGGCAAAUUACCCACGUAAGAAUAAAAGGUUUUUCACAGAAUUUUGGGAAAGUCAUUUCCUCUGUAACGUGCCAGAGGGAUCCAAUCAAACAAGCCAACAAAAGGAAUAUAACACAACUUGUCGUGGUUGCGAAAGUUUACAAGAUGGUCAGGUAGAAAUCGAUUCCAUUCGUGAUACUGUGAAUGCUGUGAUCGCUUUCGCGCAUGCGUUAGACAGCUUACAGAGAGAAUUAUGCCCGAAUGAGAUUGGAAAAUGUCCUGCGAUGACGCCCUUCAUUCGAUCGCGGUUGUUAGAACAUCUUAAGAAUGUCUCUUUCCUAGACCCUUCGGUGAACGCGACUGUAGAAUUCGAUCAGAACUACGAGGUAAGUGGCAUGUAUGAUAUCAUGAAUUUCCGCAUGGAAAAUGGUAAACCCCGUUACGUCCGUGUCGGAACCUGGGACGGAGAAUUCGACGGCAGCAAGAUUGCUUCAAGGUUGGUUUUCGAUAAGGAAAUAAAAUGGUCGCAAGGUACUUCCAAUGUCCCCGAGUCAACCUGCUCGAAGAAAUGUAGUUUUGACAACAUCCGAGUACCUAUCCCUCCGCUGGAUUUUAAAUGCUGCUGGGAAUGUCAGAAGUGUGGUAAACUCCAAAUCGUCCUUAAUAAUACUUGUCAAAGUGGCCCAGUAGGUUGGAAGCCGAACGUGAAAAAGACAGGUUGGGUGAAACGUAGCCUUGUGUACCCGAAAUGGAACGACUACCUAUCCAUACUCCUCAUCGUUAUUUCAUUGUUCUCCCUCGUGCUAACAUUACUAACAGUCUUGGUGUAUAUUGUUCACAUCAAUAACCGACUAUUGAAAGCCUCAGGAAGAGAGUUGUGUUUUGUUAUGUUGACUGGAAUUGCAUUAUGUUUCACCGUACCGUUCUUGUUUCUUGCAAAACCUAAAGAUGAAUUGUGUUACGCACGUGGUUUGGUCAUAGGUCUCGCGCUUGCCAUGUGUUACGCGCCGUUAUUCAUGAAGAUCAACAGAAUAUAUCGUAUUUUUACCGGCGCCAAAUCCUCGGUUGCUCCACCAGCCUUUGCGACACCCCGCAUGCAACUGUUGAUCACUCUUGGUCUUAUUGGUAUCCAGCUCAUGUUCACAGCAUUCUGGUUCAUCGCUAAACCAGUGCAGGCCACAGAAACCUACAUCGCAAGCAGGGAAGAGUUGCUACUAGAAUGCAAAUUUGACGGACUGAGUUUCUCCGUGAAUUUGUUAUACGUGAUGGUCCUAAUGUGUCUUUGUACAGCAUACGCAUUCAAGACUCGAAACUUCCCGAAAAAUUUCAACGAAUCCAAGUAUAUUGGUAUAAGUAUGUACAUCACGUGCGCUGUAUGGAUGAUGUUCUUCCCAUUCUAUCUCAAUACGGAUGAUAGUAUCAAGCAUACCUAUCUCAUCUCAAUCGCAUGCGUGAUCAUUGGCCUGGUCACGUUGAUUGGUAUAUUUGCGCAAAAAGUCUACAUUGUGUUUCGCGUGAAGAACAUCCGAAACGGUGAUCUCCUCUUCGGCCCUCAUGGACAUUCUGGACGAAAGAGGAUCACCUCUACAGACAGCGUGAUAUGAAAUUCAGAAAAUCAUUCGAACCAGUUCACCUUUAAAUUUCAGUGACAAAUUAGCUCAUUUAGCGAGGAUUUAAAUAAUUCACUUAUUUGAACGUUAGUGUCUAGCGAAUUCAAUUCAGGGGGUUCUUCCAAUUUAGAGAUUUAUUCGAUGUCUCUUUUAGAAACGUAAAAAUUAUCACAAAAAAAUUAGAAUGUGUUUAAUUCGUGAUGGUAAAAAGCGUGCGCAGCAUGCAAGGGGUACAUAUGAUGUUUCUUAAGAUUUUCGGAUCUGGGCCGGUUGUACGGAAGCUGGAUAGCGUUAUCCA